AGUAAACAGAAACUCGCUUUCAGAAAGAGGAGCACAGACGGCUAUAUUUUGGUAGAAUUUGGUAUAAUUUAGCGAUUUAGCUGUUAACUCCACAAAAGGUGAGUCAUGUCUUCAAGCCAGGCGAAGGACUCCAGCUUUUUCGGGGGCAGGAUACCAGCGGAAAUAGAGUCACUGUCGAAAAACCUGAAGGAUGUGGACCAAGAGACGUUCAGGAAGAUACUGAAAGCUGUGGUCAGCGGCCUGGAGGGGAAGGACUGCAGGGUGGCGAUGAGGUCGAUCGCGGAGAGCAGCCCCGUCCCCCAGGAGAGGCUCAUCCACGUGGUCGCUGGGACGUACCGGGUGCUGUCCGAGGCCAUCCGCCUGCCCACGACGGCCCUGAAGCAGGAGGCCUUCAGAGAAGAUCUCCGAGAACUGAGGAUACCUGAAGACUUCAUCACAGACUUCUCCAGUGUGGUUUUCGGCAACAGGCGUGCAGCUCUCGACACAGCGACCUCCCGGAAUGACCCACACCUCCCCACGGUAGAGGACUUUAAAUGGAGGGUGGAUGUCGCCAUUUCCACAAGCUCUUUAGCCAGGGCUCUGCAGCCUUCUGUCCUGAUGCAGAUGAAACUAUCGGAUGGGAGCUUUCACCGCUUCGAGGUGUCGGUGUCCAAAUUCCAGGAGCUGCGGUACAACGUGGCUCUGAUUCUCAAAGAGAUGAACGAUCUGGAGAAGAGGAACAUCCUCAAAAUCCAAGACUGAUUUGUUUGCCACGUCGGCCUGUCGGUUCAUCCGAUGACUAAUCUGCCCGGCGCCAUGUUGUUCUGAUUCGAUGGUGAUGGUGUUUGGCGUCCAACGAUCUUAACCGCCGACACGUGCAUAAUGGUAUACGCAGUCAUCCGGCUGGCUGCACCACAGGAGUCACGAACGAUAGCCAAACUGAGGGCAAGAGACAAGGGCUCGUUGGUAAAAAAAAAAGAAAUCUAUAAGUUCCCUCUUUGCCUUGUUGUAAAGUGAACAUAUUAUUCCAUUGAGUGAUUGUUGGGAGAUGUGAGCCGGCUGCAAAGCCUCCAUAGUGCCAAAAUACAAACGUAGCCACUUUCUCUGGUGUCAUGUGACACGCUCUGAACAUUAUGUCCACAUUCUUCUGAAACGCGAGGAUUCACAAAAAAAGUUUACGAUUAAACCUUUUUCUACUCAUAUAUAUAUAGUAUUAUAUAUAUAUUAUUAUAUAUAUAUUACAUAUAUAGUAUAUAUGUAAUAUAUAUGUAUAAUUAUAUUAUAAAAUAUAUUACAUAUAAUAUAUUUUAUAUAUAAUAUAAAGUAAAUAUAUAUAAUAUAUAUUAUUAUAUUAUAUAUAUAUUACACUGAGAGAACAAACAUGUUUACUUGUCUCUUAGAUUGUAGCACUCUUGAAUACAAAGAAAAGUGUUAGCUGAGGAGUUGAAAAUGAGUCGAUAUGUUCGAUCUGCCUUUUCCACCUUCAUCUGUAUAGUUCCUGUGUUUCCGUAAUGGCCUUGUAUAAGUCAAUUGAUAACCUUUAAAGAAUGGUGUCAGUUGUUUAGAUAUCAAAGAGAAAUUGUGAUUUUGGUAUCAUCUGUAUUUUUUUCCAAUGGUUAUUUUGUAUGUUUGCCAUAAUGACAUCAAGACCUUUCUGCCUCUCGAAGCCAGGUUUCUCUAUUAAAAUCUACAAAGACUGA